CAGUUUCUCUACCAUUAAUUGACAUAAUUAUAAAUAUAAAUAUAUAUAUCUAGAAGCAUUAUAUUUUCACUUGCAAGCUAUGCAACUUAAUUAUUGCUUAAGUGCUAUUUCCACUAACUUAUUACGAUAGCAACACUAGCAAAAUACAUGCAAUAAUUAUUGUUUCUAUGUUUUAGUAAAUUCUAUGUAUACGAGAUUGUAUUAACUAUUUACGAAUGUUUAUAAUUAUUAUAGUGAAGUUGUUGUAUUGUGUUUAAAAUAGAACAAUUUAUAUUAAAUGGCGAAAAUUUUGUCUAAAAUUAUACUUUGAAUAAUAACAAGAUGUCUAUUCAAUGGUGACUACACAUUAUGUUAAUUAUUCACAUUUCUUAAUUUCUUUGUUAUAAUUUGCUUUACAAUAAACACUAAUGCACAUUUGUAGGUAAUACUUAAUAUUGCAUGAUUUAUUAUAUCAAUUUUAAUUUUAGAUAACAUGUAAGUUAGUUCAGUGUAAUUGUAUCACUCUUGUUUAUAAAUGGUCAUGGAGUUACCAACAGAGAUAGACAUUGAAACAGAUGAAGUUCUAUUUGAAAGUAACCAUGCUGAGUUCUUGCUACAAGAAUUAAACAAGGACAGAGUUGGUGGGCAAGAACUCUGUGAUGUUCGAUUCUGUGUCGGUAAAAUGGAGAUUCCUGCUCAUAAGUCAGUUUUGGGAUCAUUUUCAAACUACUACAAAAAGAUGUUUGCUUUAGAAGUGCGUGAAAAGUAUGAGACUGAUAUUGCAACUUUUGGAAUCACUGGUGCGACCCUGCAAGCUAUAAUAGAUUUUGUAUACACGGGGCGCAUUCAAAUAUCCAGAGAGAAUGUGUAUGAUGUUUUUGUGGCAUCAGAUUAUCUAAGCAUAACACCUGUCCGAGAUUUUUGCAUUCGUUUCCUCAAAGAUAGCAUUCUUGUUUCAAACUGCGUCAGCAUGAGACAGUUGGGACUUACACAUAACUCUAACGAACUUGUGGAGGCCACUGAGCAUUUUAUGGCUGUCAAUUUCAAUGCAGUGACAAAGCAAGCUGAGUUUAAACAGCUCAAUGUCAAUGAUGUGACUGCUAUAUUGAAACUGAGGGUGUCUUCCAAUGAGGGCUUUAUAUUGACAGCAGUAUUGAACUGGGUAAAACAUAACACCGAGGCAAGGCAACAAUAUUUUCAACAACUGUUUGACCUUGUUAACCUAAAAAAAUUGUCCACUUCUUUUCUCAACACCCUAGUAGCAGAGGAUCUGGUAAAGACAUCUCAGUCAUGUUUAGUGAAGAUAGUGCAGCAAUACUCUGGGAGAUCAAUGCAACAAAAAACUCCUACUGAGUUCAUUGUGUUUGGUAAUAAAACCAAAACCAAAGGUGUUCAGACAUAUAAUGUACAAACACAAGUUUGGAGCGACCUGCCGGAAACGAGAAAGGAGCGCAUAGGAGCAUGUGGCGCAUUCUUUGACAAAAAAGUUUAUGCCUUAGGCGCUGCGUGGUCCAACUCCGUUGAAUGUCUCAGCUUGAAAAACCUAAAUCUAGGUUGGCAAAGUUUGACUCCUAUGAACAAGAACCGACAAUUUGCAGCCUCUGUGGUUACAGAUGGCAACAUUUGCGUUUCUGGUGGCCAUAACAAUGGUGGAAAACUGAAGUCUGUAGAGUUGUAUUCCAUUAAAAACGACACAUGGGGUAUGCUGCCAAACAUGAACUUCCAUCGUUCCGGUCAUGCUAUGCACUGUGUUGAUGGAAUACUGUAUAGUGUUGGUCGGGUUGGUCUCGUAUCAACUGAACGAUUUGAUCCAAGGGAAAACAAAUGGACCCUGGUUGCUGAUAUGCACAGUACAAGGGAUGGAAUGGCCAGUGCUGUCUGUCAAGAUGGCAUCUUCACACUAGGUGGCUUAAGAUUAAGAACGGUGGAACGUUUUGAUCCGAGAAAUAAUAAGUGGCUUGAGCUGGCAAGUAUGGUCCAUCCUCGUGCAUAUGGUGCAGCUUGUAACUUGGAUGGCAACAUUUACAUUGUAGGAGGUAUGGGGUCAGAGCAAUCAGCAUCUACAGUGGAGAUGUAUGAUUCUGCUAAAGAUGCAUGGAAAGUAUCAUGCACCAUGCCAUCUGCUAAAGCUUGUUCUGUUGUGCUUGCUUUGGGUUAAACUAAAUGCUUGAAAACUGUUAUUCAUCAUUACAUUCUAAAACUUGAUGCUGAAAAUCAUUCUGGAUAUGUUAACUCAUCGGCACAUUUUCUACAGAUUACUUAGUUUUGUUUAUAAAGUUAUUUUGUCACCACACUUUCUGUUUUCUUCAUGCUCCCUUACAACAAGACUGCCCAUUCUAUGCCUAUUCCCUUAAUUUUCUUUUUUUUUCCUUUGUAAAUUAUUCUGUCAUGUUUUCUUUUAAAUAAAAGUCUGAUUCAUACUAUUUAAGUGGUUUUCCUGUUAUUGCAAGUUCUGCCCAGUAGGCCCUACCAUUGCUCAGUAAUUAGGCACUUGCAUCAUUUUUGAGACACUGAAAAGACAUUGCUCUAAACCAGUGUUCACUAAUCACCAUAUAUAGAACAGAAUUCAACUUUCUGACCAAAAAUCUAUAUUCCACUUAAAUGAUUGUAGUUUGUUUAUAAGACCUACAACUUUACUGCAAUUCAAAUUCCAACAAAAAAACACAGAACUUCAAUGAAUGUAAUCUGUUUAUUUCUAAUGCGACCACUUAAACAGCGCAAGUGAACAGAUGCAAACCACUUUUUGGUAAAAUAGAACCACAUGACUGCUCAGCGAGCAAAUUAGGAAUGCCUCUCAUAAGAAAUCGGAUAGAGGCCGAAAAACUAGACAAUGUUCAUUAUUCGUGCAGUGAAACAAUACCGUGAGCUGCUCAAAAACAAUUUGCUGCCGAUAUCAAUUUGCCUCUGACCGUAUCCACAAAUUUUCUAAGUUACAAAAGCACAGUGAUUGAAA